GAUGGAAAUAUAUGGAAGGGAAUCACUCCGCCUGGGAGGGGAAGGAGGCUUUGGGGCAAAGUUCCCUCGCAGCGGGUAGCACUGGGAGGUUCCCUCGCUUUUAGGGAGCCUCCUUUCUGCUCUGUUCCUUUAUCAGGGGCGGACAGGCAGGGUGUGGCUGGUUGGUGUAUAGGAGGCAGCUAGAAGGGAGUGUGUGGGGCCGGAGAAGCCCCUGGCUGAGGGCUGAGGGCUGAGGGCUGAGGGCUGAGGCCUGAGGCCUGAGGCCUGAGGGCUGAGGGCUGAGAAUAAAAGAUGAACGCUUCCCAAGGCUCACCUCAGCCCUACCUGAUGCUCCUGCCUGAAGCCUGAUCUCCGUGGAUGGACGGAGGGAGCGUUUCCAGCUUGGAGACUCCAGGUCUGCUGGUGUGGGACAAAGGGCCCCUGAUUCCAAAGGUGUUCGGAUGGAGAUGGCAAGCUCCUCGGGCGCCUGGCUCUCCGGCUGCCUCGUGGCACUCGUGUUCCUCUGCCUGCCCAUGCGUGUGUCAGGGGACACCGGCAACUUCCACCUGGCCCCGCUAGGGGGCACAGCCGAGCUGCCCUGCCCGCUCGCCCUGUGGCCGGUCUCCGUGCCCACCGCGGUGACGUGGCUGCGGUCUCCACACCCGGACCGCUCCCAGGCGGUGCACGUGUUCCGGGACGGGAAAGACCGGGAGGAAGGCGUGAUGCCGGAGUACAAGGGGCGAACGGCCAUGCGGAGGGACGCCCGAGAGGGGAGCGUCAGCCUGGAGAUCCGCCAGGUCCGGCUGGAGGACCGAGGGCAGUACCGAUGCCAGGUCCAGAUCGGAAACCUGACUCGAGAGGGCACCGUGACCCUGCAGGUGGCUGUUGUAGGCUCCGACCCUUACAUCCACGUGAAGGGCUACGACGCUGGAUGGAUCCAGCUGGUGUGCAGGUCGGCGGGAUGGUUCCCAAAGCCUUGGGCCGAGUGGAGAGACCCUCAGGGCAGGGUGCUUCUAUCGCUGUCGGAGGCCCAUUCCCUGGAAGCUGGGCUCUUCCGGACAGCGGUGUCCAGCAGAGUCAGGGACAGCACGCUGGGGAACGUGUCCUGCACCUUCCGCAACUUGGCCCUUGGCCAAGAGAAGACGGCAGCCAUGGUUAUAGCAGCCCCAUCUCCAGGGAAGAUCUCCUCCUCAGCAAUGGCUCUUGCUGUGAUCCUGCCUUUCCUGGGGCUUCUCAUCAUGGCAGGCGUUUGCCUCAUUUGGAAGCAAAAAAGAUCCAAAGAGAAUCUUCUCUAUGAACAGGUGGUGGAGGUAGAAAAUCUUCUCUCAGACCACGCAAAAGAAAAAGGAAGGCUCCAUAAAGUGCUCAAGACCCUCCGGAAUGAACUGAAGUUGAAGAGAGCUGCAGCGAACUCAGGCUGGAGGAGGGCCCGGCUGCACUUUGUGGCAGUGACCCUGGACCCGGACACAGCACAUCCCAAACUCAUGCUGUCUGAGGACCGGAGACGUGUGAAACUUGGAGAAAGAAAGCAGCCUGUGCCCGACGGCCCCCAGAGAUUUGACUUUGUCGUCAGCGUCCUGGGAGCUGAGUACUUCACGGCGGGCUGUCACUACUGGGAGGUGUUCGUGGGAGACAAGACCAAAUGGGCCCUGGGGGUGUGUAGCGAGUCUGUGGGCAGGAAGGGCAAGGUCACCGCCACGCCGGCCAAUGGACACUGGCUUGUAAGACAGAGUAGUGAGAAGAAGUAUGAAGCUCUCACAUCCCCGCAGACCAUCCUGCGCCUGAAAGAGCCCCCACGGUGUGUGGGGGUUUUCCUAGACUAUGAAGCUGGAGUCAUUUCCUUCUACAAUGUGACCAGCAGAUCCCACAUUUUUACUUUCACCCACAGUUUCUCUGGCCCCCUUCGCCCUUUCUUCGAGCCUUGCCUUCACGAUGGAGGGAAAAAUACAGCGCCUCUAAUCAUUUGCUCGGAACUCCAGAAAUCAGAGCCAUCAACUGUCCCCAAGCCAGAAGAAAAAGGCCAGGCUAAUGGAGACGUGGCCAUGAAGGUGGACCCUUCCUUACUUCCCCCUCAAGCACCGGAGCCUUCCCCACUCAGGGAUAUGAUCCUGCCCUGGCCUUCUGACAUUGGCCCUGCCCUUCAGGGGCUCAAAGUUCCUUCUUUUUAGGGCUGUGCCUCAUUAUCUGCCCCCCUGAAGGUCCGGCACCGGGCCCUGCAUUUUAGGCUCCUGGCCCAACACCUGAUUCUGAAACAUCUCAUCUCCUUUCCCCAAAUCUAAACCUUGUGAUUUCUGUUCAAAUCACCUUCCUCCCAGGGCUCAGUUCUAAACUCUGUCAUCCUACUGGGGACUUAAAGUUCCCACUGCCCUGGAAGAAUUCUUGAAAACCAGACGAACAAUCACAUUAAGUUUAGGUGGUGAUGGUGAAUGUGUGUCACCAAGAUACAGGUGUUCUCUACUCGAGGGGCUAUUUAUAGAGGAACUCCACUCUACUUCAGCUUGCUCUUGACCUCUUAGUCAUGAAGUUAUGGUGCCCAGUCCCUGACUUUUCUCUGAUCCCCUCCAGAAUGGCGUUUCUUCUUUUCUCAGGGCAGGCCUCUAGCUCCCAAAGUCAGCUUUUUAAAAGUAAACAUUUUUUGGGUCACACACUCUUCCUUCUUUCUUCUGGAACAGGGGGUAGGUCAGCUAGAGGGGUAAAACAGGCCAUCCUUUCUUUUCUAUUUCCUUGAUGCUUUUUUGCAGCAUAGUGUCCUGACAUCCAGAGCUAAUGUACAUGUUUUCAGAGCUAACUUACCUAUUGAUGAUAACCAGGUAUAAGAAUUUUAAAUGAGGUAGCCAUAAUCCCCAAAAGACUGCAGAGUACAAUCACGGAGCUGGGACUCACAGCUUCAAACACAGCAGCCCAGCUGUGUGUGUGACCUUGAAAAAACAGCCAUGGAUGAGUUCGUCUGUUACCCUGGCCCUUUUGAAUCUCCUCCCGGGAUUUAGAGAGGCCCAGCCAGAAAAACGGUAGUUUUAACCACAAAGGUAGAGGCAUUUUUUUUCCUAUAAGACCAUCAUUUCUGGUAGACUUGACUACUUGUGUGGCAAACAGCUUCUUAGGUCAGAGAGUAUUGAUUUCAAAUAGGAAGUCGGUAGACCAUGUGUGAGGAUAAAAUAAUGAGCCUCAUUUUUUGGUGUGGAUUGCAGAAAGAAGCCUAUUCACUUUCAAGUCACUCCACAAAGGUGAUCUGGCCUCUUUGUGGCGGUACUGGCUAUCAGUUUGCAGAUGAGCACACAGUUCUACCCAACAGAAACUAGAUCUUUCUGUCAGAAGUUCUCUCUGUUGGUGCUUAUAAUAGUUAGGGUCCUCCAGAGAAAAAUGUAUUUGUGUUAUAUUUACAUGUAUAAAGAGAUUUAUUCCAAGGAAUUGUCUCAUAUGAUUAUGGAGGCUGGCACUUCCCAAGAUCUAUCUGCAGGGUUAGUCAGCAAGUCAGAGACCCAGGGGAGCCAAUGGUGUAGUUCCAGUUUCAAGGCUGACAGGCCUGAGACCCAGGAAGAACCAAUAUUUCCAUUUGAGUCUGAAAGUAGGAAAAAAGUGGAUGUUCCAGGCUGAAGACUGUCAGGCCAGAAGAAUUCUCUCUUACUAGGAGAGGGUCAGCUUUUUGGUUCUAUUCAGGCCUUCAACUGAUUGGAUGGGGCAGGCCCACAUUAGGGACAGCACUCUGCUUCACUCACUCUACCAAUUUAAAUGUUAAUCUCAUCCGAAAACCCCCUUACAGAAACAGAAUAAUGUUUGACCAAAUAUAUGGGCACCCUGUAGCCUGGUCAAGUUGAUAUAUAAAGUUAACUAUCACAGUGCAUGGGUGAAAUUUUCUGUUUGCUUUUGUACAUGAACGAGAAGUUGUGGGGAAAGGCUUUGGACUGGUAACAGACAAGCACAUUAUGGGAUUGGUUUUUGAACAACCUUGAAUUCACCCAAGCAAGCUUUAACCACAGUUAGAAAUAAAGCCACAGUUUUAUUUCUGA